AUGCCACCAGAAACACGAUCCAAUGGUCAACCAGCCAAAACCAAGCAAUCAAAACCGAAGAAUCAGCGCAAGCGACAUUGCAGGGAAUCCUCUUCUGACAAAAAUUCUGAUACCGAGCCCAAGUGUGAUUCUGAACCUGAAUCUGAAGAUGGAGAAGGACCGGUAGAUCAAGAAGACAACGUUUUGAUCAAGAAACUGGAAGCUGAUGCUGUCCUUCCAACCUUGAAUAACUACACCACAGUUGGAGAGGACUGGACAGAUGCGUAUCUUGAAAAACUUUUAGCCACUCAAAAGAUUUGGUCCAAUAAUCGACCUUCUCAAGAAAUUGUGUCUGAAGCUCUUGCCCUUCAAUCAAUCUUUCACCGUUCACUCAAGAUGCUGAGUCUAGUUGGGCAUAUAAGCUAUCCGACGUUAAAGGCUGCUCUAUUCAUGGGUCCUUCACAGCGUCCUAUAACCUCGUAUGAUGAAUAUCGAACGUACAGCAAGAAAACUACACAAGAAUUAACUAUGCCCCCCCAAAACACAUCACGUGGGUUUGUACCUCGCAACACCGCCGUUGGUAGAUCAUGGACAGGCCUACAGCCUCUUCAGAAGGCUGUUUUGCAUCCACCGCUCUUCAAAAGACUCGCGCUGACUGUUCUACAGCCUCAAGACAUUCAGUCAAGCUCUGUCAUCAACAUCCCAAGUGAAGAAGAUCCCCACAACCCCUCUGACUUGACCCCGUACCUCAGUAACUUCAAAGAACUCGUCAACAUGAAGAAAGUCGAGAAGCAUUUUGAGCGUGGAUGCCUAGGCGAGCGAAAAAGCCUACAAACAGAAAAGAAAGGACGGGUAGAAGCGGGCAAGGUUGUCAAACAACUUCACAAUCUUCACAGCCAGUUCGACAUCGAAUUUCACUUGCUAGUAGCAUCUUUCCAUCCCAAGACCAAGCUCGCCAAGGCCCUAUGGAUGGAGGAAUACACAUCCUGCCCGAGAUGGGCCGACUUGGUCAAAUCAGAACAUCACUUACUCGAGAACUUUGCAAAAGAGUCAACACAAUGCCCGCGCGACGUCUUCAAGAUUCCAUCCAAAAAGCCACAACCAAUCACAACACAAAUUAAGCAACAGACUGUUUUGAGACAACAGCUCACCACAACUCUCAACAAACUCGUCGGUCAGUCACAUUCAGCCCAAUUCACACUUUUUUGUCAUAUGAAACCUGCACAACUAUCUGACGUGUCUAUCGAUCGAUCUGUAGAGGCACAACUCCCUUACACGCCUCGCCCAGGCAUUGACAUUCAUCCCAAAGGACCUAAUUCUGAUGCUCAACUUGAACAGAAGAAGUUUCUACAAGACAUACAACUCAAAGUGGCCCGAACUCCUGACUGUAAAGUCACUGAUGCUAUGCUUGCCAAGGGAGCAGCCCCUGGCAACAUGACUAUGGGCCACGUUUGA